ACUCCGAGACACUGAGCCGCUGCAGGGUGUCGAGAUCAGAAGCAGCAGCCGCCUGCAAUGUCGCUGGAACCUGUGCGCCUGAUGUCCAGCGAGCCUUGGGGUUCCCGGCAGUUGCAGCUGCUUCCGCGAAAGGAUUGUUCUCGCAUGUGAGAAUGGCCUCGAGGAUGUAAUCCUUCCAGCUGGGGAGUCGGGUGAUGCACAUGAGCUUGAAAAACAGUCCAUAGUACUCGAAGAGUCGGCCAUCGGCAUCCUUCCGGGACAGGCAGUCCAGCACCUUCAAAAACGCUUUCGCCGGAGGCUUGCUGAACACCUCUUGAUACACCAAGAGCGUGGACACGUCCUGCAGCAACUUCGUCGUCUUGUCGACGACACUGGCACGAGGAGCCUCCGGAUCUCCCGAUCGCCAAGCGCACGGACUCAAGCUCUUACUCAAGCCUCUCCCGAGUCCGAGUCCGAAUCCGAAUGCGAAAGCUGCCGGUCCUGCAAGCUUCAGCUGCCGCUGGAUCGCGCUCCUUUCGCUGCGAACCGCGACGAAGGCUCUUCGAUUCGCCUGCAGCGCUCUGAUAUCGAUGGGCGAGGCUUCGAGCCUCGCCGGGGACGUCGACCCUCCAGCUCUCGUCAGAAUCUCCGACAUGUUGUCGAUCCUCCCUUCACUCACGCUUACGAGCACCGCGUUUGUAUUGCCCUCUGCUGUCGAGAAUCCGAGACCGCCUGCCUCGACAUACAUGCGAUCACCAGGACCCUGUGCAAAUGCUUCACGUGAGCAGCUCGGCGAGCUCAGUCCUGGGGUCCUGGGAUUUGUCUCAUCUCACUCACCUCGACAUGCCAAUUCGCCACGUCCGAUGAUGAAACACUUGUGCAGAUUAUGGGCAUGCCGGAUUUCAUGUCUUUAUUUGGGAUUGCGAUUCCGUAGAAUAAUUCGGACGAUGCAAAGGCUUGUCGGCGGCUACCUCCUACGAGGUCGCUCUCUCUCUCUCUCUCGCCCGCCACAGUCGCCUCUCAGACUGGCGAUUGUUAAAAUCUCCUGAGCCAAAUCGCGAGGCAGGGCGAGCGCUGAGCCGUCGCUGUGCCGAUGGCCAAUCUGUACGCAGUGCCGGUGGCACUUGUUCCUUCGCGAGCUGCGGCGUGGACCGUGUGGAGUGGUCCUCGGUUGUCGAUCGCUUUGAUGUGCUUGGCUUUGCACGCAUUGCCUCAUGGACUGGCAGACGACAGGCAUGUUGCGUACGGGAAGCAUUACGGUCUCUUCGAGGUUCCCUUUGACAGCUGGUGUUCAUCGGUUCCAUGGCUGUAGAAUUCGGACGCUUCGGUUCGCAAUGUCUCGGCCGGGUGAAGGUUCUCGAUCGACAAUUUCAAGAAAUUCAAAGACGAUACGAAAUUCGCUACUCGGUGCUCGUCGGACACAACGGGAGGGAGGCAGCGGCGCUGAGGAACGACCACAAUUUCCGAGAGCUAGUGAACCGAAGAAGCCGCUCUCUACGCUCGUCCGAUCUGGGACCCGAUCCGAGAAAGAUUGCACGCAGGCGACGGGUAGAUCGCCAUGGAUGGAUGAGUCACAAGCAUCGCUCACGUCGAGCCAGGGCUGAGAUACGAGACUUCUCGAAUCGAGUACCGAGGGACGGAUGGCAGGACAUUGACGGCCGCUUGCAGAUUCACGAGCUCGCGUUGGGCUCAGCACAAUUCAACAGCUGCGACUGGUUCGAGCGUUUCUAUCCCGUUGAAUUGAAUCCAUAAUCCGAACAUGCGGCAAGUCCAUGGAGUCCGCGAGUGAUUGUCGUCGAAGAAUUGGUAAAUUUGGAUUUGAGCCACCAAUCUUCAGAAAACCUCAUUCCAUGAACCGAAUAUCUUGGCCUAUGUUCGUCUCAGGGAACAAGUCGGGGAACAAUUCUUAUUUAAGAUGAGUAUCUUUUUCAAUGCAAACUUGCAAUAGCAUGUAAGUGAAGGAUAUCAGUCGUUCGACGCGAUUCCUCGAGCUCACCGCUCCUUGCUAUUCAAUUCGCGGCUAAUUGCUUUCCAUGUAUCUGCGAUCUUGUCUGCUACUCAAACCAGUUCCUGUCAAGCUGGAAGAGGAAUCAUCCGCGAAUCAAAAUCGAUUGGCGGAUGGUACACAUGUCUGGACAGUAGUGCCCGACGUGUUGACGUGUGAACAUCUAAACCAAGACGCGAUGAGAAUCGAAAUCUCAGCUCGAGAGAAUAACGGAGAAAUCGGUCUUCGUAACGACAAAAGGUUGCUCGACCAAAGAGUUGUAAGCGUUUGCCACCCACCAACGCGGUGCGAAUCAGUCGGUCGGACGCGGAAGAUGAAUGGAGGAAUCAAUCGAAGACGUCUUCUGAUGAGGUGACAAAGCACAUUCAUUUUCAAGAUAAAAUUAGUUCGAAGUCUCAAGGGACUCGGAUUCCACUUAGCGACAAUGUUCACUCAGCUCAGCUCAGCUCACUGUGAUAUGGCAUUAAUGGAGACGAGGCAAUUCACGGCCACACUUCAUUCCACACUUACAGCACAUACAAAUCCGCUCAUUCUCUGC